AUGGAAUUGGGCCAAAGAAUGGAGAAUUUGGAGACUCAAAAUCUCAGUAAUAUGCAAACAGCUGCUAAUAAUAAUGAAAACACAUAUUACUCACAAGAUAUAUCUGGCUUACCAUUGAACACUAUCUCAGACUUAAAUGAAUAUGAAUUUAAUCAGAAAUUAUCUGACGAUGAAACAUUUCGUAAUAAUUUGAUAAAUCAACUAACAUAUAUAGGAGGAAAACAUUUUAAAGCAAUGAUAAAAAGGAUAAUGGCCAAACUCUUUACUGAUGAACUCUUAAAAUUGUUUUCAUAUUCUGGCAAAAAAGGAAAAACAAAAUUUUCUGACCAAAUGAUUUGUCCUAUUAUUUUUGAUGCUGUAAAAAGACAAUCCAAAUUUAAUAAAAAUGUAUCAUAUUUUCAUUUCCAAUUAAAUUUUAUUUGUUGGUUAAAAAAGCUUGAAAAUUUAAAAGAAGGUUUCUAG